AGAGUUUUGGGGUGGUAGCUGCCAGUAAAGUAGAAAGAGACUCAGGCAGCUUCCGCCCUUGUCUGAUAAUAAGGAAUUCUGUUAAAGCAGGGCAGACUUAGGAACUAAGUAAGCAUUCUGUUAAUUGUGCUAAUUCCUAGAACCUGUGCAGCUUAGUUUGCACUAAAACUAGAAUGUCAAGACUUUAUUGACUGUCCUGUGGAUUCUGGAGCCAACUACAUUGCCAGUAAGCGGUGCGACCUUGGGCAGCGUGGCCUUCUCUGCCUGUUUCCUUUAUCUGUAGAAUGCUGAUAAGCACAAUUGCUAUUUCACAGACAGUAUCUUAAGAUUGAGUUAGUAUGUGUGCGAUUCUUAGGUUAUGUAUAUAGUGCAUAAGUGCUGUGCUCACACGUGUGUAGUGUUGGGGCUUCUCACCGCUUCACAUUGGCAAGUAGUGGGUCAGGAGGCCCGUGUGUGCUCCACACAGGAUGAGUGGGGCCAGGAAGGAAGGGCACCCUUUGUGGAAUGCACCGAGUUUCGAGCAGACUCCCCCAGGGUCUCGGAGGGCAUCAGAAAGGUGCGAGAGUGUCGCUGUAUGGUGGGAGAAGUCCCCAAGUUAGCCUGGACAGGCGAGAGGAGAGUGUGUACCAGGUGAGAUCUGGCCCCGGCGCAACUCUCCCGCCCUCUAAGAACCCUCGGGAUGGCAUAGGUGCCACCUGGAUGAGCCCAGCUGCUCUUCUCCAGACCCUUCAUCUCUCACACCCACGCGGUCCUCUUCGCCCUGGGAAGUAGCGAAGUCACAGGUUUUGGGGGUUAGGAUGUAGACAUCUUUGGGGGACUGUAAUUCGCCCUGCUGCAGCUCUGUGACACUCUGCAGCCAGUGCCAAGAAGAAAAGUGCUGGGAUCUGUGUGCACUGACACAAGGAGGCCUCUGAUGCAGAACGGGGAUUCCUGUUCAGUGAAAACAAGGAAGUUGUAAAACAGAGUGGUGUGGUGCCUUCUCUUGUGUUUUGUUUUAACAAGGACUGUUUCUAUACAUGUAGGACGAUAGAAGAAUGCACACUACACAUGAUACACAGAAGAUGUCCCUGGUAGAUUUGGGGAAGAAGCUUUUAGAAGCGGCGCGUGCAGGUCAAGACGAUGAAGUCCGUAUUUUGAUGGCAAAUGGAGCUCCUUUUACUACAGACUGGCUGGGAACAUCUCCACUGCACCUGGCAGCGCAGUAUGGCCACUACUCCACCACAGAGGUGCUGCUCCGAGCCGGCGUGAGCAGGGAUGCCAGAACCAAAGUGGACCGGACGCCCUUGCACAUGGCGGCCUCCGAGGGCCACGCCAGCAUCGUAGAGGUCUUGCUUAAGGUGAACCUGUGCCAAGGAAACACAGUGCAAGCCGCCAGUGCAAAUCGCAUUGUUAUACAUACAGCACAUCUUUAUCUGCCUGGCUACAUUCAAGUGCUUCAUAGCCACAUGUGUCUACUGGGUUUCAGGUUGAACAGUUCUUCAUGUAACAGAUUAGAUAAGAUUGCUAUGCAGAACCAAAUCAACACCAACCCAGAGAGCCCCGACACUGUGACGAUACACGCCGCGACACCACAGUUCAUCAUCGGACCUGGAGGGGUGGUGAACCUAACAGGUCUGGUAUCUUCAGAAAAUUCAUCCAAGGCAACAGAUGAAACGGGUGUGUCUGCUGUCCAGUUUGGAAACUCCUCUACGUCAGUAUUAGCUACAUUAGCUGCCUUAGCUGAAGCUUCUGCUCCAUUGUCCAAUUCUUCAGAAACUCCAGUAGUGGCCACGGAGGAGGUGGUUACAGCAGAGUCCGUGGAUGGUGCAAUUCAGCAAGUAGUCAGCUCAGGGGGUCAGCAGGUCAUCACCAUAGUUACAGAUGGGAUCCAGCUCGGAAACUUGCACUCUAUUCCGACCAGCGGGAUAGGUCAGCCCAUCAUUGUGACCAUGCCAGACGGACAGCAAGUGUUAACAGUUCCUGCGACAGACAUUGCUGAAGAAACUGUUAUAAGUGAAGAGCCGCCAGCUAAGAGACAAUGUAUUGAAAUAAUUGAAAACCGGGUGGAAUCUGCAGAAAUAGAAGAGAGAGAAGCUCUUCAGAAACAGCUGGAUGAAGCGAAUCGAGAAGCACAGAAAUACCGGCAGCAGCUUCUUAAGAAAGAACAGGAAGCAGAGGCCUACAGACAGAAGCUGGAAGCUAUGACUCGUCUUCAGACUAACAAAGAAGCUGUCUGAUUGAAACAGAUGCACGGUUUGGUUUUACUCUUGGUCAAGAAAGAACGCGGCCUCGAACUGUUUGCAACACGGGUGCAGCCGUGGGAAUGCAGAAGAAGAGGCUACCCAGGGAUAACUGGGCUUGCUGUGAGCUGGGAACUCUUGUAACAUAGAACUUUAGAAGUUGUGAAAUGUAUUUAAAACUGAAUUCUGUAAAUAGUUUGUUUUUUUUUUACAGUUCCAAAUGAGUUGAUAAAGAUUGUUGAUGAGAUCCAAAACCACAAUAAACCACUGUUAUUGUGAAUUCUUUUUGGUUUUAGUAUGGAGAUCAGCUUCUCAGAAACAGAAGUCUUAAGGGUGACCGUUGUUGGUUAGACCAAAUGUUGUGUGAUAAUUAUGGUGGAUUGAUGCUGGAAUUACUCUUGUAGGAAUAAACUUCUUUAUGGAGAGAAGAUUUCUCCCAGGAAAUCUCUGUACAGCUUUAAGUUGUCUCAGAUUCUCUGAAAACUUUUUAGAAAGCAAAACUUUUAUAUUUGUUCAAUUUCAACUAUACCCAAGUAGAUUUACAUGUAUAUGAAGCAAAUAUUUUUUAAACCUUCUGUUUGUACAUAUUCUGCAUGUUUUAUAAUUUCAAAAUGCAUCACUUGCAUAGGUAUUUUUCCCACAAAGACGAUGAAAGUUAGUGGGAAAAAAACCCCUUUUAUUCUGUAGGUCACUGAAACUAAGUAAGCUGGCAGCUGGUUUUAUUGGAACGACAGUGUUCUUGGAAGGAGCAGCUUACAAGAGAACUUGAAUUUACAAAGUCUGCGAAAUCUAUGCUUUUUUGAAAAUUUCAUUGUGGGGACGUGAAACUGUAUUCUGUGCCUUCCAUCAUGAUUUCCACAUGAAAGCACUUUAAGGCACCGGAUUUUAAGAUGACGUUUUUGGAAAACUCAGUGCAUAUGGGUUUCUGCAAUAUUUCAUGGACUUAGCCUCCCCCUUCCCUGGGAAAUUAUUCUUAUGGAAGAAAUUGCUUUUGUAUGUAGAACAAGAACUUUUGUACUACAGUGAUGCUAUAGAUAUGGCUAAUGGACCUCUUCCUUCUCCCCUUGAAAGCUCCGCAUCUUUCUGUGACUUGCUCUCACUACAAUAUUGUUAAAGUCCUCAAUUUAUUAAUCUGGAAGACUGUUCAUUCUUUUUUUUUGUAAAACAUCAAGCCCUUUUUUCUUGCUUUACUUUUUAAUGUUUUAUUGCUUUAUGAAAAUGUUUAACCUGAAAACCCCUCUAGAUUACCUAUACUGUAUAAAGAAGCAGUUACCCUUAAAACUGUACUCUGGCCUACUUUUCUAUUUUACAAUUAAAUAUCUUUUCCACAUA